AUGAUUAGCAUUGUUAUUAUGAAUUUUAUUCUUCGUAUUCCGGUUAUUAUUUUCUCUGUUCAAGCUCUCUUUGGAGUUGCAAGUCUCCCAACGCUUGAUUUUAUAUAUAUUCUUUUCUUGCCUGUUAGCAUCCAGUAUUCGUGCUUAUUCACGUCUAUAAUCUGAGUCCAAAUUUUUGUUCUUCACGUUGGGUUAUUCUUGGUUCGGGUCAUUAUCGUCAUGAUACUUUUGUUUGGCGCACAUGAUUAUUUGUUGAUGGAUCAUAGAGUUAACAGGGCAUAGUUCUCUAGAUGGCUGUGUUCCUAGAGACUGAUAGCAAAUCUUUUUAGCUGUUGAGAAUAUGAAGUUGGGUGUUUGGAAGGGGGAAAAAAAAAAGGGAAACAGCUAUGGAACUCUGUUUAAAUGAUCAGUACUAUUGUACUAAUACAAUGCUUAGGUAUACUCUUGCCUCUUGAACAUGAAACGUCCCGGUUCGUUGGAAACCAAUGCACCAGGAAUGCUAUGCAGUGAUUGAAUCUCAUUGUGUUUCACAGACACAAGAACGAUUUUUUUUUUUUUUUUUUGCCCAGUUAGGGUCUUGAUUAAGAUGGAUAGGUUUCCACUGAAACUAAUUCUUUGAUCUACUGCUUAUUUGCUUAACAUACCUGACUAAUUCUGAUUUCUAACCUGAAUCCUUGAAAAUUUUACUCGUUGUAUUCUCGUAUCUUUUGCCUCACCUUCGUAGGGAUACAAAAACUAGCGAACUCCAUUCUUGAGAAAAUAUGUUGUAUUGGUUAGCUAGACUUGGAACAUUUCUAUCAAGACUUUUAUGCAAUCUUUCCUUGGAGGAUGGUUUAACCAUGAUACUACCUACAUCCUAUCUUGCCCUUACAUCUUACCUUACCCUUGUCAUCUAAGUUGAUCUUAUGUGACAUGCAAUCUUUGUUUAAUUUAGCACAAGAGGUGCAAGAAUAGUGAAUUAUUUAUUCGCUUGAGCCUUUUUUUCAGUAAAAUACUGUAGUAUCCUAAAUACACAGUUAACUAGUCUUCCUUCGAAACUGCACAACUAAUUUAUGGUCGCUCAGAAAAUUUUUCUAUUGAUGAUCAAACCCAAGGUGUGAAGUCGAACUAAUUUUUUCAAACAUCACAUGACAGAACCUGCCCUUUAUGGAGCUGUUUAUGGAAGAGUGGUGUGCUUUGUGAAGUUUCUAUUCCUAAGAUACCUUGACAUGAUGGUUUAUGUUGGAUGCUUUAUUUCACAUAUACCCUGAGAUGGAGCUGAAAGUGAGUGACAUAAGAGACCACUCGCACUCCCUGGGCCAAAAGAUGAAACCUGCAAACGUUAAAACUUGUGAUGUUAAGGAUUAUCAUUCUCAAAGUGACCUUUGGACUGAUGGGCUUAUUUGUGCCUUUGAAUUUGUUGGAGGGAAAAAAAAAUCAGUUCAAUCAAAUUCCCCCAAAAAUAUCCCAGGUAAACAACAAAUGGACGUUGUGCAUCCUAAGAUGCAUGUUCCUACAGAUGGUUCAAGAGGAGCUUCCCUGAGUCCAGACGGAAACAAGUUAUCAGAGUCAUCAUCUACAUUUCAUUUAAGUGGUAGUCGGUUGCAUACCUUGGGUGACAGAGAUGGCCAUUUUUUUCAGUAUAACCAAUUUAAUGCUGCAGAAAAAUUUGAGCAUAGUCAUUGGGUACCAAUUGGGUGGACAAGAAUUUUGGAGCUUGUCCAAACAGUUCAGGUCAAUGCAGUCUGGGCCUCUCAGCAGUUUGAGUUUGCAGAUGAUGAAGAUGAUUUCACCGUGGCAGAUAUAGCAGCUCCCUAUAGGGAGCGUCCAUCGGGGCCUGUAUGGUGGUGCAAUGUGUCUGCAGGUCACCGCAACAUUGAGUCGUGGCUUAGAAAUGCUCAGUGGCUUCAUCCUGCCAUUAGUGUAGCUCUAAGAGAUGAAAGUCGGUUAAUAAGUGAGCGGAUGAAACACCUUCUCUAUGAGGUCCCAGUCAGAGUUGCUGGAGGUCUGUUAUUUGAGCUCUUGGGACAGUCUGCUGGUGAUCCCUUUGUUGAUGAAGAUGACGUCCCUGUAGUACUUAGGUCUUGGCAUGCGCAAAACUUCCUAGUGACUGUAAUGCAUGUAAAAGGAUCCGUGUCAAGAGUGAAUGUUUUGGGUAUCACAGAAGUCCAGGAACUUCUUUCUGUUGGAGGGUAUAACAUGCCAAGGACUGUGCAUGAAGUUAUAGCACAUUUAGCGUGCCACCUUUCUCAAUGGGAUGAUAGGUUUUUCCGUAAAUCAAUAUUUGGGGCAGCUGACGAGAUUGAAUUGAAGUUUAUGAACAGGAGAAAUCAUGAAGACAUAAACCUUUUAAGCAUAAUUCUUAAUCAAGAAAUCAGAAGGUUAUCUAGACAGGUUAUCAGAGUAAAGUGGUCACUCCAUGCGAGAGAGGAGAUUGUGUUUGAACUUCUCCAACACGUCAGAGGCAAUGUGGCUAGAAAUCUGUUAGAGGGAAUAAGAAAGAGCACAAGGGACAUGAUUGAAGAGCAAGAAGCAGUUCGAGGCCGCCUAUUUACCAUUCAGGAUGUUAUGCUGAGCAGUGUCCGUGCCUGGCUUCAGGAUAGAAGCCUGCGGGUGACGCAUAAUUUAGGCGUAUUUGGGGGAUGUGGUGUUGUUCUUACCAUCAUUACUGGACUAUUUGGAAUCAAUGUUGAUGGAAUACCUGGGGCAGCAAAUACGCCAUAUGCAUUUGGUGUCUUCACGGCCAUUACUUUCUUUAUAGGAGCAGUGCUGAUUGCACUUGGUCUGGUUUACCUCGGACUGAAAAAACCUAUUGCCGAGGAACAGGUUGAAGUUAGGAAGCUAGAGCUGCAAGAAUUGGUGAGGAUGUUUCAGCAUGAAGCAGAGACUCAUGCUCAAGUCCGUAAAUGUGUUCACCGACAUAACUUACCUCCUACUGCCGGGGAUACUUUUGACCAGGACGCAGACUACGUUCUCAUACGAUAGAGGUGCUGUAAUCUAACUUCUCAAGGUUGAUUUCAGAAAAUUCAAUUAAUGUCCUGAAGUUUGUAUGAAGUAAACUGUAUCCUAGUUGGUAUAGGGUAUCUAACAAUCAUAGCAAAUUAAUUUAUUCUCAGAAAAUGUAGUAUAAGUCAAACCCUAGAAUAGGAUAACACCCUUUGGGUCUUGGGAUGUGAUAGACUCCUAAUGAAAAUUGCUGGUGACCAGUUACUCUUUUUAUCUCUACACUAAAA